CUGAGUUGUAUACAUUGGCGACGCGGCACGGACUUUAAUGCUCAUGUUUUACAUAGUUCUAUAAUUUAUUUUUAAAAUUUUACGUAUAGAAUUAAAUGGUACAGAGGGAACUGUUACAGAGCACUAAAGCCCUAAAUUUGAUUCUUUUACAUAAUUCUUGUCUGUGAAUCUCUACGACUUCCAAAUGGGUGCUGAAGAAAGACCCACACUGUCAGUAAAAUUUUCAAACGUCCCCAAAACAAGCACAGCCCAGGAGAUUGCAGAUUUCUUUGAGUCAAGAAUCGGUAAAGCCUCAGUCUUUGCCUGUGAAAUCUUCUCAGACCACAAAAACUGGAAGGCCAGAGACUCCGGAAGAGUCCAAUUCGAAACCCCAGAACACAAAAUCACUGCCUUGGCACUCUAUCAACAAGGCCAGCUUGUUUUCAAGAAGCACAACAUUUGCUUGUCUGGGUCAUUUGAUGAUGUUGUUGUUCGACCUGUGGAGGUUUCGAAUAGGGUGGAGGAUGGGGUUUUGAGUUGUGGGAUAAUGAGUGGGAGUGAGAGGAUGUGGGUUUUGGAGAAAUGGGGGAGUGUUAGAGCUUGGGUUAUGCCUGAGAGAAUGUCUUGUGAAUUCUGGUUGGAUUGUGGUGGGGUUGGGUAUAAGCUGGAGGUUUUGUUUGGGGAUGUUUUGGAGGUUUCGAAGUGUUGUUUGAAUGGCGCCGCGGAGCCUAAUGCGGUGCUCUUGACUCUGAAGUAUGCACCAAGAGUAUACAAAAAAGUUUUGGGGCCCCAUGUUGAUACGAGGUUUAGUUCUGACCGUUACCAUGUUUGCAAGGAGGAUUUUGAUUUCCUAUGGAUUCGUGAAACAGAUUUUUCCAGUGUGAAGUCUAUUGGACAGUCUUGUGCAUUUUGUUGUGAAUUUGUAAAAGGGGCCUCUGGUUUAGAUGCAUUUUCUCAAUUACCCUUCUAUAAAAAUGAGUUCACUAAACUGGUCCUGAAAGAAAGUGAAGAGUUUCACACUUCAUCUGAGCUCAAUCCACUUGUAAGGUGUCCACAAAAUUCUAACUUAUCAUAUGAGGUCCUUUUCCAGCUUAAUGCACUUGUUCACAAUCACAAACUCAGCCUUGCUGCAGUGAAUCCUGAUUUAGUUGAGUUGCUCAGCAGUUUGGACAAAGUAAAGGCCUUGGCAAUCCUUCAGAAAGUGCAUAAAUUGCAGUAUAUGUGUUUUGAUCCUAUGCAUUUCAUUAAGGACCAGUUAGAAGUUCAAAAGAAUAAUGGAAAGAAUUUGCAAUCAACAUCUCUUAGCAAAUCAGCAAAUCCGAAUGUGAUGAGUUGUCAUAGAGUUCUCAUCACCCCUUCAAAGAUUUACUGCUUAGGCCCUGAACUUGAAUCAUCGAGUUAUGUUGUGAAGAAUUUUUCUUCAUAUGCUUCAGAUUUCUUAAGAGUAACUUUUGUUGAUGAAGAUCUGGGCAAGCUUCAUCCUCAUACUGUUUCAGCAAGCACUCAGAAAGGUAUAUUUGCUAAGCCUUGCAGGACGUCCAUAUACCACCGUGUAUUGUCAGUUCUCAGGGAGGGAAUUGUUAUAGGUGCCAAAAGAUUUCAAUUUUUAGCAUUCUCGGCAAGUCAGCUUCGUUCAAAUUCAGUCUGGAUGUUUGCUUCAAAUGAGCAUGUGAGAGCAGAAGAUAUCAGGGAUUGGAUGGGUUGUUUUAACAAAAUACGCAGUGUGUCAAAAUGUGCUGCGAGGAUGGGGCAAUUGUUUAGUUCUUCCACGCAAAUUGAAGAAGUUUUACCACGAGAGGUGGAGAUUAUUCCUGAUGUCGAAGUGGUGUCUGACGGUGUUGAGUACUGCUUCUCUGAUGGCAUUGGGAAGAUUUCCUAUACUUUUGCUAAGGAAGUUGCUAAAAAGUGUGGACUCAGUUAUACUCCCUCUGCAUUUCAGAUCCGAUUUGGUGGCUAUAAGGGCGUCCUCGCUGUUGACACUAAAUCUUCUCACAAACUUUCGUUGCGCGGUAGCAUGCAUAAAUUUGAUUCAGAUAAUAGGAUGCUUAAUAUAACUAGCUGGAGUGAGUCUAUGCCUUGCUACUUAAAUCGGGAGAUUAUAUCCCUUUUAUCAACCUUGGGUGUGGAAGACCAUUCUUUUGUAGCUCUGCAAGACGUUCAAAUUCGUGUCCUCCAAAAAAUGUUGACGGAAAAAGAGGCUGCAUUAGAUAUCCUCGAAAGCAUGGGUAAGAGUGAUUCUAAUAGAAUUCUAGCAAAAAUGUUAGUUAAAGGUUACAAUCCAAAUGAGGAACCAUACCUCUCAAUGAUGCUUCGAUCACAUUACGAACUUCAGGUUUCUGACUUACGAAGCAGAUGCCGUAUUCUUGUUCCCAAGGGCCGUAUUCUAAUUGGAUGUUUAGAUGAGAGUGGCAUUUUAGACUACGGCCAGGUUUAUAUUCGAAUAGCCAUGACUAAUCAGGAGCUAAAAAGUGGUGAACAGACUUUCUUUCACAAAGUAGAUGAAACUACGUCGGUACUAAUUGGGAGGGUUGUGGUUACAAAAAAUCCUUGUCUACACCCAGGAGAUAUCAGAGUUCUUGAGGCUGUAUAUGAUGAGUCACUGAUGAAGAAUGGCUUGACAAAUUGCCUUGUCUUCCCUCAGAAAGGUGAAAGGCCACAUCCAAAUGAAUGCUCUGGUGGUGACCUUGAUGGUGACUUGUAUUUCAUAAGUUGGGAUGAAAAACUUAUUCCACCUCGAACUGUAGCCCCUAUGGAUUACACUGGACGAAGACCGCGCCUAAUGGAUCAUGAUGUAUCUUUGGAGGAAAUUCAAAGGUUUUUUGUUGAUUAUCUGAUCAAUGAUAGCUUGGGCACCAUCUCUACUGCACAUUUAGUUCAUGCAGACCUUGAUCAAGAUAAAGCUUUGAGUGAAACAUGUCUGUACUUGGCAAACCUUCACUCGAUGGCUGUAGACUUUGCAAAAACAGGAGCACCAGCAGAAAUGCCUAGGGCCUUAAAACCAAGGAUGUUUCCAGAUUUUAUGGAAAGGUGGGAAAAACAGUGUUACACUUCCCAAGGAGCACUAGGGAAACUCUACCGUGCUACUGUUGAAUCUACAGAGCGUGAGAAGUUGGGUCCUGCCUACCCAAACAAUUUCCAAGACUGUUAUGAUCACGAUCUUGAAGUGAAUGGCUUUGAAUCUUUCAUCAGUAUUGCCAAAGGCCACAAGGAGAUGUACUUGGAUAAACUUGUUAGCCUGAUGAAGUAUUAUGAAGCUAAAAAUGAAGUCGAAAUUCUAUCUGGUAAUCUCCAAAGACAUUCGUCUUAUUUGCUGCGUGAUAAUCGAAGAUAUGGAGAAACAAAGGAUCGUAUUAUGAUAUCAAUCAAGAACCUGCACAAGGAAGCGAAAGGAUGGUUUGACAGCAGCUGUGCAGAACAAGAAAAACAGAAGCUGGCAUCGGCAUGGUAUCACGUGACUUAUCAUCCUACUCAUUGUCAAGAAAGCAUCAAGUGCCUUGGCUUUCCAUGGAUUGUAGGUGAUAUAUUGCUGGAUAUCAAGUCAAUUAACAGCAGAACACUUUAGUCUUAGGGUAUGUCUGGCUUACCUUAGAAGAAUAGCUUCUUACUUGAUGUUAAAUUAGUUGUACCUGGUAUUGUACUGCCUUCUCUUGUUACAACUUACAACAGCAGUUGUUACUUCGACUUGAAUGUGUGUUUUUGAAUAUUCAAGUUUCACUGAUUGCUCCCGUCUUUACUGAAAA